CAGAUAUAGUGAAUGCAGGGUCCUGGGAGACCAGAUAUAGUGAAUGCAGGGUCCGGGGAGACCAGAUAUAGUGAAUGCAGGGUCCGGGGAGAUCGGUUAUAGUGAAUGCAGGGUCCGGGGAGGACCGGAUAUAGUGAAUGCAGAGUCCGGGGAGAAAGAGCGGAUAUAGUGGAAUGCAGGGUUCCGGGGAGAGCGGAUAUAGUGAAUGCAGGGUCCGGGAGAGCGGGUGAAUGCAGGGUCCGGGAGAGCGGAUAUAGUGAAUGCAGGGUCCGGGGAGACCGGUUAUAGUGAAUGCAGGAUCCGGGUUGGAGACCGGAUAUAGUGAAUGCAGGGUCCGGGGAGA